GAAUAAUUGUUGAUAUCUCAGUAGGCGUACUCGCCAGAGCUGUUGUGCCACCUUGUGAGCUAACAAGACUGUAUGGGCAAAGAUUUGAUUGGAGGCUCGCCUGGGCAUCACGUGUCUCGGGACACCAGAGGUACUAAAGCCCCUAGGCCGUGCAGCGCACGUGGGUGACGUUAGGGCCGGCCCUCUCCGGGGUCCCUUUUGUUGAACUACCAAACAUAAGCCAGCUCCCGAGGGCUUCAGAACAGUGUUAAGACCACUGUGUACUGCGCAAGUCCUUGGAGCAACGCUAUCAGUGUGGUCUAUCACUGACACCAUCAGCAUCUCACGCAGACAGGAGCAAUCAUGUCGAGGUCUUUCUACGUAGACUCUUUGAUUAUCAAGGAUCCCGCGCGCCCGGCUCUAAGAGAGCACACGGGGCAGGACUUUCUCAUCCCCAUUGGCAUGCACUCUCCCGGCGUGAUGAGCGUCACUGCGCCCGUUUGCCCGUCCCGGAAGACCGGCACCUUCUGUGUCUGUCCGCUGUGCGUAACUUCGCAUAUCCACUCUUCCCGCGGCGGAAUCCCACUGCUGAAAGGACAGGGCUUCUCUGCCGGUGAUGCGGCUUUCUGUCAGAGGGUAGCACACCAACAGAGCUCCGCGUUAGCGCACCCGGGACACGGACACGCGCCUGUCUGCACGCCCACAAGCUACAGCGUCACUGACCCUCGGAGGUAUCACUGUCUGUCUCUAGGCGCGUCUGACAACAGCCACAUACAGAACGGCAAACGGAUGCGCACCGCCUUCACCAGCACUCAGCUGCUUGAGUUGGAGCGCGAAUUCUCAUCUAACAUGUACCUCUCCCGCUUACGCAGGAUCGAAAUAGCCACAUAUCUAAAUCUGUCAGAGAAACAGGUGAAAAUAUGGUUCCAGAACCGCCGCGUUAAACACAAGAAAGAAGGCAAAGGCACGCCACGGAGCGCGCACGCAGGAUGCAAAUGCUCGGGCAGCCACUCACACUAUCCGCGCUCUGAAGACGAAGAAUCCCUGUCACCUGUGUCAGCCACAGAGGAGAAGGAAACAUCGCCGAUCUAGAAGCGUCACGAACAUCACAGACUUAAGUUUGGUACCUUAUGACACAUUCAAAAGUUUACGGAUCCGUUGAAACGACUGAAUUUAUAGGACACUGUCUUCUGUCGUUCAAUAGCCCAAAGUGUAUGGAGAUUUAGCACUGCCAAUUCCUUCCCUCUCAAAAUAUUGUUUUACCCUGACAGCUCCGCUAUUUGUCUUAUCUGUACGACAAAC